AGAUUUGCAAGUCUAUGUGAAACACUACCAUGGAUUUUGCCCAAUGCAGACUCACUCCUAGGUGUCCACAUAGCAUGGGCUAUGAGCUUCCCAUUCAGAAGUUCCUCACACUGUACAGUAGCCAGAUGGACACGCACUGUAAAUUCAUUGUGCUGCUCUUCUCUGAGGAGUGGGGCCAGUGUGUGGACUUGCUCAAGCGCUUUGAGUUCCCAAGCAGGAGGGAAAGGCUUGUACCAGGCAACACAGCAAUGAUACCGUUGAACUGGAAGAUUCUGCUCAUCCCUUAUCGAUGGUUCUGUUGCAUAAAUGUUAGACAGAAUAACUAUCAAAGGCUUUGGACAGAAGUGAAGUGGAAAUGACCAAAAGAUUGGAUCUUGGAAUCUCAAAACACAGCAACUUCUUUAUGUGCAGGUAAUACAGAAUUAAUUAGUUGAUCACAGUGGAGAAUGUAUACAUAAUCAUCAAAACCAAGGCAUUGUUAGUUUUUCCAGCCUUCUCUGUCGGAAAACAUAGAUAACAUUAAGCUGAAGGAAGAACUUGUUUUGAUUCAAGGAUAGCACACCUGGCUUUGUCUCACAAAUGUAAGGGUCUAGUUCCUUGGACAUUUAAGAUUCCAAAGAGGAUUUUAAUAACAGCUAAUAUCUCAGAAUAUUUCUGUCUGUGUAUCACACUGUUCUUAACUGUGGGCACUAGUAUAUCCCUGGAGACAGUUUUGUGGGUUUGGAAAGUGACAUUUUUCUAUCUCUCAAUUUUUCUUUAUUAAACCUUCAGUAUAUGAAGAUAUCAAGCCAUUUGUAUACAUAGAGGCCAGGAAACAUGUUGUAAAUUUUCUGUCAGUGAAACCAUUUCCCACUACU